ACUUGAUGCAAGAGGAUCUUCCUAAGAAACGUCAACAAAAGCCCAGAAAAAGACGGAAAUUAAAGCAAGAAGUGAAAAUUGCUUCAGAUGAGCAAACUUCCGAGCUUUUGCCAGUUGUUCCUCCCAAAAAAUUUCCUUCAAAACAUGGCAGAAAAGAAGAUUCAGCGGAAUCCAGCACUUCUUGGAAACCAGAGUCUUCGACGCCACCUGUCGCAUCCUCAGGAAAAAGCAGCGAAGAGCCUACCAGUGAUGGCUCUAACACUGAACUCCUUCCUCCAAUUGAAGAUCUCUUAGAUAAGAAGAAAGCGGAGAGCGCAGCAGCCGAGGCAGAAACACAGAUGCAGUUGUCUCGUGUGAGGCAGCGGAUAGCAGAUCUUCUUGAUGACGCAUUUGCGAUGGCAGGGGGCAGAAAAAUCACAGGCAGCAUGCGGAACAAGAGAGUGGAUCCAGCAACCAAUGUAUUCCCUCAAUUUGGUAACUUGAGAUCCAAAUCUGCAGCUGAAGCAGAUUACUUAGAAAAAUAUGAAAACGACUCCAUCGAAACGCGUCCACAGUCAGAAGGAGGUCAAAGGAUUUUCGGCGCUUUGACAGAGGAAGGACAACUAAUCACUCGCCCACUUCCAAAGCUUGUAUGGGAAGAAGGCGAACUCCCUCCGAUGUCUGUGGACAGACCACUGGGUGAAAUAACAGAAGCUCAUAAUCAUCAGUGCAUCCAUUUCUUUUCAUUUCAUCACCCUCAUCAAAGAUCACAAUUGGUCAGCCCGCCCCAAGCACGAGAUGCCACGUCCCCAAGAGAACUCAUUCCAGAAGUUCCAGCCCCUUUUUACCUGAACCAAUCUGAUCCAGAACUACACCUGGCUCUCAGUCCUGGGAUUCAUCCCGCUGCAAUAGACCAAUAUGAUGAAAUUGAUGUGGUUGGAAGUUUACGAGAUGGUGGAGAAAAUGUAGCUGUUCUUCUUAGAGCUAUCAAAGAGGAACUUCAAAGAUUUGGUUCCUUGCCAGGAGAAAGUCAUGCUUAGAAAGAAAAAAUAUUUUAAGGACAAUGGUGGUGACUUGGGGGAGGAGUGGGAAGGCGUGUGACCACCCCUCCACUUUUUGCAUGGUCAAAGAUUACUAAAACGCUUUUAAGAUUUUAGUUUUAAUGCAUUUUUGAGGCAUGCCGCCACAAGUAAAAAAUUGCACUUUUAAGAUUUCAAUUUUCGAAAAGUUCCAAGGGUAGACUGAAUUUUCCUCUAAAGUUACUAAAGGAAGCUUACAUUUGAGUUGUUAGAACUUCACAAGCUCAAAAAAAAAAAAAAAAAAAAGUACAGGGGAGAGUCUUUGAAUCUCUCUUUUUUUAGCAAUCCUAAGACAGCCUGGAAUGACAUUUUAAAAUCUUCAACUUGACAAAAUUUUUGAAGGAGAUUAAUCGAACCCUUUGCUCUAAAUUUGUUAAGCUGGCUUAAAUUUGUGUUUUUAAGAUUCUAGUUUAGCAAUUUUUCCUGGGGAAAGUCCCCCUUACCUUUAUAUUGCCAUAGAUAGUCUAAAAGUUUCUACAACUUCAGCUUUAAAGAAUUUAUAAAAACAAGAGAACUUGAACCUCCUCCCUCUUUCUCCAAUAUAGAGAAAACUAUCCUAAAAGUGUGUUCUUAAAACUACAAUACCAAAUCAUUCAUGGGAGAGGCCCUAUAUCACCCAAAGGUAGCAUAAAAGUCUUCAGCUUCCGAUACUUUCUGUC